AGAACGUUUUCAGACAUGGCGAGCAUCAGCAGCAUUCUUUUAUUAACGUUCGCACUGUCGUUUGUACAAGCAGAUAUUGACCAAUUAAUGCAAUUAACUGAUGCAAGUAUACAACUUGCUAUCUACAUGUAAGAAUGCACUUUCUCCUGUCACCUCCUAUUUCUACAUGCUUGAACAAACGAAUAGACGAACACGAGCGACGAUGGAACACACCACCAAAACUAACACCCGAGUCGGUCGUCAAGAUGUUAAACGACGAGGAACCACAGACACGUCUCCUUUCUCUCAUCCCUCUCACGGCAACUGUCAGUUUAAAUGCAGGAAAUAACAAUGCACACUCUGUCAGUCUGGGUGCGAGUCUCGAUGGUGUUAGCCUUUCCAAAAGUAACAGUUACAGUCAUCCUACGGGAUAUGGGAUUGAUGGAUCUUCCGUUUCCGCAAGCAAAUCGGAGACUAUUUCUGCAGGAUUAUCAGGAAUUUCUACCGCAGGCGCGGAAGCUUAUAACAACGGUAACAAUGUCAAGACAGAAAGCCAUUCGUUUAGCUUUGGUCAAGCAACUGCAACUUCUUUCGGAGCGAUCGAGAGUGGACAAGCGAUUACCGGCGCUGCAUCUUCCGUCGGGAUUUCGCAAUCCUCUACAACUAGUGGUAAUCGUAGACAAUUUUCGCAAGCUGCCGCCGUCAAUACGCGAUAUCCCUGUAGGCCGACAUGGAGCAACAUUGGUCCAAACAAUGGAUACAAUGAUCAACGUUUCAAUCGACCAACAUUGACUAUUUCGAAACCGUGCGACGAAGCACGACCGACAUUGAAUAUCUAUGCGCCUGACACAUUCAGACGAGAACAAAAGCCAACAAUUAAUAUCUAUAAAUGGCAACCGAAUCACAAAAUUUCCCGACCAGAUUUUAUGAUUCAACAUCAGCUACGCGAUUCUAGUAACGAUCGAAUUCAUGGAUCGACAAGUCUUCAGAUCGAAAGUAAAAAUUCUAAGCGAGAGUAUUCUGACAGUGAUUUAAUUUCUGAUCUCGCGCAAACUGUUGGCGAACUGUUUGAUAUUGUAUGAUGAGUUAAAGAUAAAAAACGAUUCGUAUUUACAAAAUUCUUUUUGUAGCAAAUUAGAUUUAUUAAACAAAUAGUUUCUUUUAUUUAUAGCAGCCAACUACUAAGUGAUUGACCACAUUUGUAUCACUUUAUUUCUUUUUUAAUUUUUUUAUCAAUAAUAGUUGUCAAAUACGUAUACGUUUUCUUUUU